AUGCAAAUCUUUGUAAAAACUCUUACUGGCAAAACAAUUACACUCGAAGUAGAACCAAGCGACACAAUCGAUAAUGUUAAAGCAAAAAUCCAAGACAAAGAAGGUAUUCCACCUGAUCAACAACGACUCAUUUUUGCCGGCAAACAACUGGAAGAUGGUCGAACAUUAAGUGAUUAUAAUAUUCAAAAAGAAAGUACUCUCCACCUUGUACUUCGAUUACGUGGUGGUAUGCAAAUAUUCGUGAAAACUCUCACCGAAAGUACACUUCAUCUCGUACUUCGAUUACGUGGUGGUAUGCAAAUCUUCGUGAAAACACUCACCGGCAAAACUAUUACACUUGAAGUCGAACCAAGUGACACCAUCGAAAAUGUCAAAGCAAAGAUCCAAGACAAGGAAGGUAUUCCACCUGAUCAACAACGUCUUAUUUUUGCCGGCAAACAACUGGAAGAUGGUCGAACAUUAAGUGAUUACAAUAUUCAAAAAGAAAGUACACUUCAUCUUGUACUUCGGUUACGUGGUGGUAUGCAAAUUUUUGUUAAAACUCUCACGGGCAAGACAAUUACGCUUGAAGUCGAACCAAGUGACACAAUCGAAAAUGUUAAAGCAAAAAUCCAAGAUAAGGAAGGUAUUCCACCUGAUCAACAACGUCUUAUCUUCGCCGGUAAACAACUUGAAGACGGUCGAACACUCAGUGAUUACAACAUUCAAAAAGAAAGUACUCUUCACUUAGUUCUUCGAUUACGUGGUGGUAUGCAAAUCUUCGUGAAAACACUCACCGGCAAAACUAUUACACUUGAAGUCGAACCAAGUGACACAAUCGAAAAUGUCAAAGCAAAGAUCCAAGACAAGGAAGGUAUUCCACCUGAUCAACAACGUCUCAUUUUUGCCGGCAAACAACUUGAAGAUGGACGAACAUUAAGUGAUUACAAUAUUCAAAAAGAAAGUACACUUCAUCUUGUACUUCGAUUACGUGGUGGUAUGCAAAUCUUCGUGAAAACACUCACUGGCAAAACAAUUACACUUGAAGUCGAACCAAGUGACACAAUCGAAAAUGUUAAAGCUAAGAUCCAAGAUAAAGAAGGUAUUCCACCUGAUCAACAACGACUCAUUUUUGCCGGCAAGCAACUUGAAGAUGGACGAACAUUAAGUGAUUACAACAUCCAAAAAGAAAGUACACUUCAUCUUGUACUUCGAUUACGUGGUGGUGAUCAUGAAUGA